GAUCACCUCCAUCGCUCUUAAAGAAAGAGAGAAAAAAAAAUCACUCACCCAAGGCCAAAUGGAGAACUCGACCAAUGAGACUCUGGGCGUGUGGACGGACUCGAGCGUGGCGUACAAAGCCAUCAGCACGGCGCUGCUGUUGCUGAUCUGCUCGGCGGGUGUGGUGGGCAACGUGAUGGUGGUGCUGGUGGUGCUGACCACCAAGCAUAUGCGCACGCCCACCAACUGCUACCUGGUGAGCCUGGCCGCCGCCGACCUUAUGGUGCUGACGGCGGCUGGCGUGCCCACGGCGGUGGAGGGCGCAGUGGGUUCUUGGGUGUUGGGCCGCUGGGGGUGCUUGUGCAUCACCUACCUGCAGUACCUGGGCAUCAACGCCUCGUCUUGCUCCAUCGCCGCCUUCACCGUGGAGAGGUACAUCGCCAUCUGCCAUCCCAUCAAGGCGCAGUUCCUGUGCACGCUGUCCCGCGCCAAGAAAAUCAUCCUCCUGGUUUGGACACUGACGUCAGCCUACUGCGUCAUGUGGUUCUACCUGGCCGACCUGCAGGUGCUGGUUUACGACAACGCCAAGGUGAUGGCGUGCGGCUACCGGGUACCCCGGAAGCUCUACCUGCCCGUCUACUUCUUGGACUUCGGGGUGUUUUUCGUGGUGCCGCUGUUGCUGAGCGCCGUGCUGUACGGGCUGAUCGGACGCAUCCUCUUCAUCAACCCUCUGCCCUCUAACCCCAAAGAGCGGCAGCGGCUGCAGCGGCACGACAACAAUCAUCGUGACGAGGCCAAGAGGAGCUGCAGGAACUCCAGGCACUCCAGCUCCACCGCCGCCUCUCGGAGACAGGUGACCAAGAUGCUGGCGGUGGUGGUGAUCCUAUUCGCCGCGCUGUGGAUGCCGUAUCGCACCCUGGUGGUGGUCAACUCCUUCCUGGAGCGUCCGUACCUGGACAGCUGGUUCCUGCUCUUCUGCCGGUUAUGCGUGUACCUGAACAGCGCCAUCAACCCGCUCAUCUAUAACGCCAUGUCACAGAAAUUCCGCGCCGCCUUCCUCAAGAUCUGCCGCUGCGGGGCCUCCGCCAAGCCGGCCGGCGCUUAUGGCGCGGCGCUGAGCUACAGCGCCGUCAAGGACUCGUCGGUAGCCGAGAGCGUCGAGCGCUUCGCCACUGACGUGGAGGAGGUGACCGUCACGGAUGGGUUGCUGGCAGAGCACAAAGCCGUCUUUGCCGCAUCCUCCUCGUCUCCCUCCUUGGGGAAAGCCGACUUUGAGACGGCCUCUUGAGCUUCUCCACGGACCCGACCUGUAACGAGCCAAGGCACAUAUUUUAUAUCCCAAAAAACGUCAAAUUGAAUUUGCCAGCUAUUAUCAUGAUACAGUCGAUGUAACCUAGCUUCUGUAACAGCAACAGAAUGUGUUGAAUGUAAAUUUGUUGUGAUUGUGCCUUUUCCCUGAUUGGCUAAAAGAACUUACCCAACUAACUUGUUGCUCUGGGAAACACCUCUUCACCCGGACAUUUCCGUUUUCACCCUCACAGGCGUUGAGAAGGCCAUUCACCGUCUCCUAGCAACCGCCUCCCUGAUUGACGAGAUGCUAAUUGCAGCCUGUAAUUGAAGCAGUCACGCAUGUC